AUGAUGGAAGAUCUGAGACAUCCUGGCCUUGUUAAAAACGACAAAAUUACAGUAGUCAGAAUGACCCUUGGAAAGCCACGCGCUCCUCUUUUUCACGCUGUCAAUGUUGAGAAAUGUCUUGGUCAGCGGUCAGGAAAUAGAAAAGUGAAGGACUGUGGGUACUCGGGGAUGGCGCCACUCCAUUUUCUCGGAAAGGGUAAUUAUUUCACACUCGUGUCAUUCCACCCCGUUGAAUUAUCGUCACAACGACAGGGUUGCGUCAAGAUUGGAAAUUUCGAAACUUUCAUUACAGGUUCCGUUCUUGUUGGUCACGUGAUUUCCAGUUCCCAGGUCACCUCUCGCGUUGACUGUGCGUUCGAGUGUCUGAAGAAUGAACUGUGCAUCUCGUACAACUACCAAGAGGGAAAUCAAGCUCUUCAUGGAUGUGAAUUAAACAACCAAGAUGAGGGAAAUAAACCAGCCAAUUUUACAAACAAGGCGGGAUUUUCUUAUUAUGAGAAAAGAGGUUCCAUUGCAUGCCGGUCGUCACCUUGUUUGAAUGAUGGGACGUGCGUGGACUCCUGUCCGGAAGAAACUGGGUACCGAUGUGUCUGUAUUGACGGAAGAAUAGGAGAAAAUUGCCAAAGUUGGAGCAAAACCGCCGAAGAUUACGAAGUUCUCUUCUCCCAAGAAAGCACCGCAGAUUACUUUGAAAUUGAAAUUACUGAGAGUUUGCAACAGUUUUCUUUGUGUUUUUGGAUAAGUGUAAUUCAAUCUUCCGGCUGGAAUACCAUCUUUUCUCACUUGAGUCCAGAUGGAAAGAGCGAUCUGAAACUGAGAUGUGAGGGAGCCAUGGAUAGGUGUAACUUAACAUUGAUCAAUAACAACAACAAGCUUUUCUUCGUGCUUCCCAUCAGUGACGGGCUAUGGCACCAUAUUUGUGUGAGCUGGGAGAACAGUGAUGGUCGCUGGGAUUUUCUCGUCGAUGGAAUUCUUAUCUCAAACGGAAGCGCUUGGGGCAAGUCCCAAAGCAUUGACCCUGGGAAACUAGUUGUCGGCCAGCAUCAAGAGUCUAGUGGAGAUUUCCUUUUAGAAGAAUCAUUUAUGGGAAAAAUUACAUCCUUUAACAUGUGGGAUACAAAAAUGAGUAACGGUGACCUGAAGAAAAAGUCGUGGUCAUACAACAAAGAAUUAGGGAAUGUUAUAGACUGGAGAACGUUUCGACAUGGUAUUCAUGGGAAUGCGACAAUAAUCUCACCUCGAACCUCUUUAUCGCAUGUUAAUGAAAGCGACUUCGUCUUGGAAUUCCCUGAACGAGACACUGGCAACUUUAUAGAGGCCGGCACACUACCGUCUGUAACAAAGUUUACUGUUUCCUGGUGGAUGAAACGAAGCUAUGACGGUGGAUUUCCUCAAGCAAUUUUUUCUUACUCAACUGUGGAUAUUUUACAUGCACUCUUCCUAUAUUAUGGUCCAAAUCACGGUGCAUUGAAUUUGCGUAUUAUGAAUGAAGGUGAGUCAGUUUACCUCAAGAGCCCACUAACAGUCGAUGAUCUUUGGCAUCAUGUAUGCGUCACGUGGACAAGUGUGGAUGGAAAAAUACGCCUUUUCUUCGAUGGUGUCUUAAAUAGCGCCCCAAUGGAACACAAUGGCGUUGUCAUCGCUGGCGGAGGAAAUUUGACCAUCGGGCAGCGAUCAACGUCGAUAGGAAGAAACUAUUCCCCUGAGCAUAGCUUCCGUGGGAAGCUGGCAAAAUUUAACUUGUGGAGUAGAGUGCUCAAUGAGAACGUGAUUGUUGCAUUAUUUAGAAAUCCAGCUGCAGAGAUUGGGGACCUCAUCUCUUGGAGAAACAUACGAACUGCAUCGAUUUUUGGCAACGUAGCAGUUAAAAACGUAUCCACCAUUCCGUUUACAGGUAAAAUCAUCUAA